AUGGUGGAACAGAGUCCCAACUCCGUACUAUUUGUGUGUCUAGGUAACAUUUGCCGGUCACCUACCGCAGAAGCAGUUUUCAGAAAACUUGGAGCUGACCAAAAUGUUUCAGAUAAUUGGGCCAUUGACAGCGGUGCUGUUUCUGACUGGAACGUGGGUCAUGCCCCAGAUCCAAGAGCUAUGAGCUGCCUAAGAAAUCAUGACAUUAGCACAGCCCAUAAAGCAAGACAGGUCACCAAAGAAGACUUGGCUACAUUCGACUACAUGCUGUGUAUGGAUGAAAGCAAUCUGAGAGAUUUGAAUAGAAAAAGUAAUCAAGUUAAAAAUGCAAAGCUAAAAUUGAACUACUUGGGAGCUAUGAUCCACAAAAACAACUCAUUAUUGUAGAUCCCUAUUAUGCAAACGACUCUGACUUCGAGC